UGCGCACGGUCAUAAGGCGAGCUUUGUUUAUUCUUCAGAGUUGGAGUAGUGGUCUGCACUGUAUUGCUUUUGGACUGUGCUGCGUACUGGGCUGUUAACAUGCAGAAGGAGUGAGAUGUGAUUUGUUGCGGGGUUUUAAAUGGGAAAUCUGCUGGGCAACCAGAGGCACAGGGAACCAAGUACGGUGGAGGAAUGUGACUCGACUUGGGAGACAGACUCGGAGAGCGAGGAACUGCAGGACCAUCAACCCGGAGACCACAUUACGGAGCCUAGAAGUGGCAACGAAGCAGAUUCCAAAGAAGGGGACGAAAGCAUCAACAUACAGAAUAAAGACACACGGGACUCUGCACCCAAACUGAAGAGGAGCUUUUAUGCUGCCAAAGACUUAUAUAAGUAUCGUCAUAGUUACCCUAACUCUAAAGAACACAGACAACCCAGUGAAUACCGCAACCUGAGGUUCUACUUGAAUACAAUUCCAUUGGUCCCUGAUGGUAUUUAUAUUGAAGAAAUUCUCACUAAGUGGAAAGGAGACUAUGAAAAACUGGAGCAUAACCACACCUACAUACAAUGGCUUUUUCCAUUACGAGAGCAAGGCUUGAAUUUUUAUGCCCAAGAACUAACUCAAGCUGAGAUUAAGGAAUUUCAAGGCACUAGGGAAGCCAAAAGACGAUUUCUUGUGGCGUACACAGUGAUGCUGGAUUUCUUUGGAAUAAAACUGCUGGACAAAAAUGGAACUGUUGCCCGAGCUGCAAACUGGCAGGAUAGGUUUCAGCACCUGAAUGAAUCUCAACACAAUUAUUUACGAAUCACCCGCAUUUUAAAAAGCCUGGGUGAGCUGGGAUUUGAGAGUUUCAAAGCCCCCCUGGUGAAGCUGUUGCUGGAGGAGGCUCUUGUUGAGGAGACCAUGCCCAACAUGGUGCACAGCGUCCUGGAGUACUUUGUUUACACCAUCCGGAACAGAAAGGAGAGAAGAGUCCUGCUGCGGUUUGCUCAGCUGCACUACCAACCUCCUGAACAUUUCAUCUGGGGCCUGCCAAAGAAGAGGAAACCCGGUGCCAAAAUAAAUUGCACUCAAGAGAAAAAUACAGCCAGGUCUAAACCCACAAGGGAGGCUGUGGCAAAAAACACUGCUUCUCUGCAUACCAGUGGUGACAGCAGCACAGGGAAAACUGAAAAUAACAGGAGUGACAAAACAGAGAAUGAGAAUCAGGCAAAAACAGCCAAUCCAGCUAGUACAGAUGGGCAAGUCUUCAAAACAGAAGAAAAAUCUUCAAAGAAUGGGAAACCAUCUGUUGCAAAUAAACCGAAACAGGCUAACACUUUCAAGAAGAAACCAGAGCAAGGGGGAAGGGUAGAAAAGCAAAAUCAGAAAUGAAAGAAUCUGAUGCUUGUGUAGUAUUAGUCCUCUCUCGGGCAUCCCAGCAAAGAAAGUAUUCUUUUUCUGGACAAUAGGAUGACUGUAGCAAUACCUGUUCACUGCCUUGCACCUUUGAAAAUGUGGCAGAAACAGCAGCUUACAGUGUUGAACAACACAUGAAAAGUUUACAAGAAACACAUUAUCUUGCUUUUGCUGUUUUAUUUGUGUGAAUAAAAAAAAUAUCUAAGCUGUCAGGAAAAUUUCUGCGAUAUUGACAACACAGGAUAUGGCAAAGGUAAUGUGUUUCUUGUAAACACUGCAGGUAAUGCUUUAAGCUAAUACAGAUAAAUGCAGAAGUAAAGCCUUGCUUAUAGGACUUUGUUCAUUUUCAUGUCUGUGGUUUGUGCAUUUUAAAUGUUUGUUAUAAACAUUUGCUGUAGUUCUUGGUUGGCUGGCCCUCUAGAAGGACCGUAACGUAGAAAAACCGAGAGUAACUCUAUUUAAUAGAUGCUGUUGUACAGAAAAGCACCUUUUCUGUGGCUGUUAUAGUCUUCCUUUAUGAUUUCCAUUACAUGAAAGUAUGUGUUAAAACUUCAUGCUGAUAUUGGACUCAGCUGUCACCAAGAUAAACACCAACGAAGACAUAGCUUCUUUUACUGUAAACGAAUGUGAUCCAUCUGCAUUUCAUUCCAUCUGAUGAUGUAGAUAUCCUUCUGCCUGGUGUUGAUGGCUGAAGUGUAAUGCUGGCUCCAGGGAUCAGCCUAUUUUGCCUCCCAGGUGUAUCAGCACACAUAACGGCUACAAUGCUGGCUCCAGGGAUUAACCACAGUGCGGCCUCCCUAGCGCAUCAGCGUGACAACUGUCUGGACUGAGCUGAGUAGUGUACUUCUCUGGGGUCUUCAUGUGGGCACCUUCCAUCCUUGGUGUUUCGUCGACUAGCCCAUGACACCUUAAAAGGGCUCGACUGUGAUUCUGGUGUCCCAGCAUCACCCCCCUCCGUCCCCCACUCAACUAAACCCAGCUUGCAUUACCUUCCUUUCCAUCGACAUUGCUUUCGUUCUACAGUGCUUGAGGUCCCCAACCAGAAUCUUUUCAUCUCAACCAGAGCCAGUUGCUGCUCCUCUCUGCUUCUUCAGAUAGGUUCUUCACUAUGCUUUGCAACUCUUGACCACUGAAUCCGAUGUCUCUGAGAAACUGGGUUGUGGAAUGUGCCACAAAUCCUCGACAACCCACCUCCACUGGGUAAACCUGGACUCUCCAUCCUUGCUGUUCCGCUUCAGCAGCUAGUUGACCACACCGAAGUUUCUUCCUUCAUACACCUGAUCCACAGCAUCCUCCCAUGGCACUGUUAACUACCAGGUGAACAAGCCAUGCUGAUCUAGACCACAAGACUAUCAGGUCAAAGGUUAGUGGUGGCAGUCUCAGGUGGGAAAAUAAGCCGUUGUCCAACAUCUGCCAGCAUUUUCCACUUUCUAGCAGCUUCCAAUUGUUCUAGACGAGUUUUGGUUUUAAUACCUUUUCUUGGCGGUUGCUCCCGUGGACGGAUGAAUGUUGUUCUUCGUGUGUCAUAUUACUGGAACUGGUGGCAACCUGUUGGUCAUGCUGCACUUGUCUUCCAAUGCCAAGGCCAAACAUCGCAGCACCUGGUCAUCACGCCAAGUAAACCGUCCUUGGCUAAGACCCACUGAUCUUGCAUUGUUCCACACUCUCUCAUCUCGUCCAUUCUCCGUGCUUGGCCUGGGAAACUACCUUUACGCACCUCAUCCUCUCCUCCUGCUUUUGCACCUCAUUGACUACCAGCUUCCUCUGUUGAGCUGGGGCUGCUUUGUGCCAUGUAGGAGGAGCUGAACAUCUUCCACAGCUUCCUUUGCCGCCCCCUUUCUUCCAGUUUUCAACACAGGUGCUGCCUCCCUCACACAUUCGUCGUGUGACUCCUCCAAUGUCAUUUCCAAUUGAACCUUGGCGCACUUAAACUCUUUGGUUAGAGCUGAGACUGGCAGCUGCAGUAUCCCUUUACCAUACAGUCCCACUCUGUUGAGGCAGCAUGGAACUCCUAACUAUUUCCUGAUGUAUGAACUGAUCAACGCUUCCAGCUUCUCUACUAUAGUCAAGGAAACUUCAUACACAGUGAGUGGCAAUAGAAGUCUUGGCAGUAGACCAAACUGAAAGCACCAGGGUUUAAGUUUUCCUGGUAAAGCGCUGCUGUCUAUGCUUUUCAACCCUUGCACUGCUUGUUGCCUCACUUCUCCCACACAAACUGUGUCCUUUAGGUCCCCAUCAUACCAUCUCCCAAGACUUUUCACAGGCUUCUCAGACACUUUGAUAUUGCCUCACCGUUAAUGUAGAACCUCUUAUCCACUACUUUACCUUUAAUUAUAGAGAUGUUCCUUGACUUAGUGGGCUUGAAUUGCAUUCGUGCCCAUUCAAUGUUAUUGAUUAGUUUGCCCAAUAACCGAUUAGUGCAGGCUACUGUUGUAGUCAUGAUUGUCAUGUCAUCCAUGUAUGCUCUAAUUGGUGGCAGUCAGUCACCAGAACGCAGAAGCCAAGCGAUCUCCUCCCCCUACCCAUUUUGACGCCCUAAUAAUUACUUCCAUUUCCAUGAUCAAAGCCAGUGGUGAAAUGGUGCAUCCUGCCAUUAUGCCAAUUUCUAAACAUUGCCAUUUAGUGGUGAAAUCUGAAGUUGAAAAACAAAAUUGCAAAUCUCUGAAGUAGGCUUUCAUUAAGUUUGUUAUUGUCCUCGGUACACUGAAAAAAAUCAAAUGCUGCCCAAAGAAGUUCAUGUGGUACUGAACCGUAUGCAUUAGCUAAAUCCAGCAAUGUCACAUGGAGCUCCUUCCUCUCCUUUUCAGCUGAUAUACUGGCUUUCUUUACUGAAGUGUCAAUGAAGCAAUUAUUCAAUAGGUAAGAUGAUAAUCUGUGAGCAACAAUGCUAAAUAAAAUCUUGCCUUCCAUGUUUAACAGGGAAAUAGGGCGGAACUGACCAAUACUUGUAGAAUCUUUUUCUUUGGGUAUAAAGACCCCAACUGCUCGGCGCCAUGCUCUUGGUACAACCUGUUUUUCCCAUGCUAUUUUCAUCAAUUUCCACAGGAACUCCAGGGGCUCUCUUAUACACUCUGUAUGGAACUCCAUUAGGCCCAGGAGAUGAUGGCGCCCUUGCCUUUUUCACAGCUUGCUCUACUUCUUUCCACUUAGGUACGCAGUCCUCCAUUUGGUUUUCUGGUGGAUUGAUAGGUGGGAUGUCUGAAAGAAGCACCUUUUCUGUGACUGUUACAAUUUUCCUUUAUAAUAACCUGUCUCGUUCCAGAUGCUCCUGGCUGAUUUUUAUGUUUAAUUUUUUAAUACUGCUUGACGUUUUUGUUGUCUAUUGGAUUGUUUCAAGUAUAACCUUAAAUAUAUCAGCUCUGUAUAGAUUUGACUUUCUUUGCUGUAAAACUAUAUGCUCAUUUUAAAGUAGGAUUACCAUUUAUUUAUUUUUUUUACAGCAGUGUAUGAAAAUUGCCACUAAGUUUAUUUAUUAGAUAUACCUGUUCUUUAUAGGAGCAUGUCUUUCAUUUAAAAAAAAAUAUGAAGUGCCUCCUUUUUCUAUGUGUGACAGAGCUUAAUUGAGUACAGGGAAUAAAUGCUUUCCAAACCUUUUUCCAGGUUACUGAAUUCAGUAUUUAGUAUUUUGCACUUGUAGCUAACUAGAUAAGAACCCACUAAAGCAAAAAGAACUGGGGACAGAAAAAAGCAACAAUUUGUACUUUCAAGUUAUUUGCGAUUAAUAAAACUAUUAUUUCUCAAAUAUAGGAAAUAUAUUCCUUGUUCUUCCUAUCUAUAGUGUGUAUAUAUUAGUGCUGGGACACUGAAACAGGGCGAGCAGCCCUGUACAGUAUUUGUUUAUUUUAUUUUAGAACGGGGUCCCCCACCGCCCGUGUUAUUUUGUGUUUGUUUGUUUGUUGCUGCUGCUGCUUCCGCUGCUUCCUGCAGCUCUUUUUCCCCAUCCUCGCUUUACUGCAACAACGAAAAAAAAACCGUACUGGCAAAAUUGAAAAAAAAAACUGCGGUACCCGCUAUGGCCUGAGUCCUGGAGGUGCUGGUAACCCCACUUUUAACACCACGUGUGACAGGAUGGCGUGUGUGAUGACGUCAGGCCAGAAGCAGGAACUGAAACUGGAUACCGCAGGUUGGGUGCAAUGGCGUUUGCGCCGUCUUUAUUCAAAAUUCAACAAAUAUAAACCAAAUGUUUUUAACAAAAAGAGAAAACUGCUCACCGAGUAAAAUAAACAGUUAAACAAAAAAAACAAUUCACGAACACAAAAAAGAAAAUACAAUAACUGGUCCAGGUCAGGCUGAGCUGUAGCCGUCACUGUUCCUGGACUUAUUCUUAAACCUAAAGCUUUUUUUCUCUCUCUCUCUCUCCCUCGUUGCUCUCGCUCCUACUACACCACCACCCCGAGCUGGAGAGCUGCAGACUUUUUAUACAGGUGACCAUCUCCCGAUUAGCAACAAAUUAAAUCACCUAAAUAAUUCGGGAGAUGGCCACCUUCUGCACGAGUUUUCUACUAAACGGCUACGCCGUCACAAAUACAUAAAUAAUAAUAUACGCAGCGCUUCGCCGUCCUAAAACACAAUAAAUAAAUAAACAAACAAACAAACACAAAAUAACACGGGCGGAGGGGGACCCCGUUCUAAAAUAAAAUAAACAAAUACUGUACUAAAAUAAACAAAUACUGUACAGGGCUGCUCACCCCUGUUACAGACACAUGUCCAAAUAUUCAAACAAAUAUGUUUUGACAUAUUCGGAUACAAAAAUCAGAUGUUGGUAUUCACUAGAAAUGACAAAAAUACCUUGCACUUAUUUACCGCCAGACCAGAAGUUGCGAGACAGUUUCAAAAAUGGCAAAUGAAAAAGAGCUCUGUGUGAUAUGUGAGAUUAAUAUAUAAAAAAAAAAGAAAA